CGGUUAGAGUUCGGUUGAGAAGGUGCUGGAUGGUGGGGGGAGUACCACUGAUGAGAGCGCGGCUGAAGGAAGGGAAAGCCAAAGGAUUUAUACGUUUAUUCACUGGAAACUGACCAGAACCACCGGCGGCAGGUCGUAUUCAUCUCCCGCGUGCGGUGACCCAGAUUGCUGUACUUCUGGUUUCCCCGCAGCGAUGUCACAGAGGAGCGGGCAGGAUGACCCAGAGCGGUACCUCUUUGUGGACCGCGCCGUCGUCUACAACCCCGCAGCUCAGGCCGACUGGACCGCCAAGAGGCUGGUCUGGAUCCCAUCGGAGCGCAACGGAUUCGAAGCGGCGAGCAUCCGCGAAGAGCGCGGCGAUGAAAUGGUGGUGGAGCUGGCGGAAAACGGGAAGAAGGCGGUGGUCAACAAGGAUGACAUCCAGAAAAUGAAUCCCCCCAAGUUUACCAAGGUGGAAGACAUGGCUGAACUCACUUGCUUGAAUGAGGCGUCGGUGCUUCACAAUCUCAAAGACCGAUACUACUCAGGGCUCAUCUAUACAUACUCUGGCCUCUUCUGUGUGGUCAUUAAUCCCUACAAAAACCUGCCCAUCUACUCUGAGAACAUCAUAGAGAUGUAUCGAGGCAAAAAGAGGCACGAAAUGCCGCCUCAUAUUUACGCCAUCUCGGAGUCUGCAUACAGAUGCAUGCUACAAGGUAAGUCCCGAGUUUCUAUCUCCCUCCUCCAGGCUUACAGGGAUCCAUGCAUGUUAAAUGUCACUGAAUGUCAAG